AAAACUAGCUCAACCUUUUUUGGAAAAGAUUUUGAAUGAGUACGAGCACGUGCUGGAUGGUGAAUGGAAAGAAUUGGAAGAAGAAAACGAGACGGAUCGGAGAAGGGGAAAAGAUGAUGCUGCAGGAAAUAAAAGGUGGUUGAAGGCGAAAUGGGUUUAUCCAAGAGAACAGGAAUUCCAGAAGAAAGCGAAUAAUAAGAGGGUAAUCCUUUAUCUACACGGUGGUGCCUAUUUAUUGUGUAACGCAGAUUCUCAUAGAGCUAUCACCACGAAAAUCGCAAGUGAAGCUGAUGCUUUGGUUUUUGCCGCCCUACACGAUGCUUUGGCCGCCUAUCUCUAUCUCACAAAUCCACCUGAAAACGCCAAUUUCGAAGUAAUAGAUCCUAAACAAAUUGUCAUAAUGGGUGAUAGUGCAGGCGGUGGUUUGGCUAUGGCUCUAGGAUUAGCAAUUAGGGAUGCCGGAUUACCAAUGGUCGCUGGAUUGUCCCCAUGGGUAGACCUAACUCACAGUAUGCCCUCACUCCUAAACCCACUUUUCGCUAACACCGACUACCUUCCUAGCAGCUUCUUUACUCAAAAAUCCUCCCCUGCCUUAGAUGACUUCCAUCGUAAAUCAGAUGCCUUGUCAAGACGCAUUAAAAAAGAAAAUAAACCUCAGUUUUGGGAUGAUUCAUUUAAUCGUAGCGAGCGAGUGCAAUUAUAUGUGCCUAACGAGGCGUUAUCAGUGCCUUACGUAAGUCCGAUGUGUGCUGCGAGUUUGGCGGGAUUGCCACCCAUGUUGAUACAAACUGGUGAUGGCGAAAGAAUCCGAGACGAAAUAAUAUAUUUUUCAUUUAAAGCCAGUCAGCCAGAGAAAUAUAAUUUACCUUUAUAUAAUGCUGAAAAUUUUAGAAAAUCACCGUUCAAGACGCCAACAAACGUUACAUUAGAAAUUUACCAAGAAAUGCCGCAUGUGUUCCAGGCAUUUGAAUACAGCACACCCGCCAAAAUAGCAUUCAAGAAUUCUGGAGAAUUCAUCAAAAAAGUGAUUGAUAGUGCAACAAAUCAGACCGCCGCCUCUAUAGUAUCCGAUCAAGAUUUCAAAGAAAGCACAUAUUCAGUUAUAUCACCAACCGGCAAACAUCUCCCACUAAAAGAGGAGCAUCACUCAGUACUGAGGUGGAACGAGGUUGGUAAAGUACCAUCUGUGGAAAGACCCAAGAUAAAGCCACGGUCACAAAACAACUCGUAA